AUGCAAUUUAAAAGAGGAGAGAAUGAGUGGAGUAUAAAUGGCAUUCCUAAUAUUAAAAAUUUAGUUCGUAAAGCUGAAAAACACCAAAUUUCAAAAAAACAUCUGACUAACAAGGAAAGUUUUCAUAUGCUGGGUAAAAAUAGGAUUGAACAUUCAAUAUCUGAGAGUCGUCGGUUAACUGCAAUUAAUCAUAAUAAACAAGUGGACAUAAACAGAAAGAUAUUAGCUCGUUUAAUCGAUGUAGUUUGUUUUUUAGGGAAACAAGAGUUGGCAUUCCGCGAACAUCGCGAGAAUGAAGGUUCUUUAAAUAAAGGAAAUUAUUGUGAAAUUUUAGAUUUACUUGCUAAGGAAGAGCAAUUUAUAAGAGAACACUUUUGCACAAAUUCUGUUUUUAAAGGAACUUCACACGACAUACAAAAUGACUUGAUCCAUUGCGUAACUACGGUAUUAAAUUCUCAUAUUUUAAAAGAACUGAAAAUUACAAAUUUUAUAUCAAUACAAGCCGAUGAAACUACGGAUGUAUCAUGCCAAUCUCAAAUGAGUUUAAUUUUUCGUUAUAUUCUGGACAAUAAGAUCGAAGAAAGAUUUAUAGGAUUUUUUGAUGUUUCCAAAAAUAUGACUGCGGCUGGUUUAUCCGAAGUAAUUCUAAAUGAACUUUCAAAGUGGAAUAUUGGUAAAAAAGUUGUGUUUCAAACAUAUGAUGGUGCUUCUGUUAUGGCUGGUGAAAAAAAUGGGGUUCAGUCAAUUAUACAAAAUAUUUAUCCAAUGGCUAUUUUUAUACAUUGUUACGCUCAUCAAUUGAAUUUAGUUCUACUUCACAGCGCAAAAUCAAUAAAAGAUGUUAAAUUAUUUAUAGCAAACCUUACUAUGUUCCACACAUUUUUUAGUAGAUCUUCUAAAAGAAGUUCUUUAUUAAGAGAGCAAGGAUUUAAAUUACCAAAUCAAUGCAAUACACGUUGGAAUUAUCAUUCAAGAGCUGCUUUAACUAUAAAAACUCAUUUCAAUGAACUAAAAAAUGCCGUAUCUCAUGUAGUUGAUGACCCUGGCUGGGAUUCCAAUUCUGUUUGUACAGCAUCUGAAGAAAAAUUAAGACAACUUUUUAAAUACUAUCCAGAUAUUUUUGAUAAAGAUCGUCUAAAAAAUGAGCUUUACAUAAUAUAUGCAGAUCCAUUGAAAUAUUUCGCUCCUUUGGAAUUUAUUGAUUUUAUAUUUAAAAAUGAGCUUCAAGAAGUAUAUCAAGAAGUCACGAAACUUAUUCAAUUAGUAUUAACUAUUCCUGCAACAACAGCCUCAAGUGAAAGAUCCAUGAGUACUUUAAAACGUAUCAAAUCCUUUUUAAGAAAUUCAAUGACAAAUGAUAGGCUUUCAUCUUUGUCUACUUUAGCUGUUGAAAAAAAAAUGUUAGGUGAAUUAUCAAAAGAUCCAACGUUUAUCAACAAUGUAAUAGAUGUAUUCGCGACAAAACAAAAUAGGAGAAUCGAUUUAAAUUAUAUUCAAAUAUAG